AUGCAUUCUGAUCCACAAAACCAUUAUGAGCAAUCAAGGGAGGAAAUAGUUUCUGAAGAAAGUGAUGAUGAGACAGAUCAAAACCAGGACAUUAAACCAUGGCUGAAGCAGGAUGACAUGAAUUCCCAUAACAAACCUGGCUUGCCCAUAAUCGAAUUCCCCAAUAACAGACCCUGUAAUGCAUUUGCAGAGGAUACCUUCUCAGAUGAUAAAGGGCAUAGGCAUCACUGGCAAUCUCCGAAAUGGAUACCACUGAAGUCCCAAGCUGAUGCCAUGAUAUAUUCCACGAAAGGAAGAUGUGACUUGGAAAAUACACGUCAGUUGAAUGUUGCACGGCACCCAGAUAGAGAGAGGAAGCCAAUUUCAGUGAGGACGAAAAGACAAGGGUAUCGGCAGUGA